AUGCCACGCAAAGCUGCAAGGAUAGAAAAGCCUCCUCUGCUGUUCUUGGAGCGGGCUUUGUGUGGAGCCAGACUCCAAAAUGUACCUGAAGUCCGAGCAGCGAUCAACCCCAGAGAGUUCUUCUCAGAGACCGAAACACACAGCAGAACAGCCUGCAAGUCCUGGGUAAGCUGUCAGUCCAUUAAAAAAAUUAACAGUUCAACAUUAACAAUUCAGAGAUAAAAUAAUAAACCUUGAGUAAAAAUUUAAAUAUAAAACGGGUAAAUCUAUUUAUGUUCGUAGAUUAUCGCCACAAUGCACGUUUGUCUAUUUGACUAAAGAAACAGUAAAAAUGAUUUAAAAAGGGUUUUUUGAAAUAUGGAAGAAAGUCAAGUAUAAGUCCAUUAUUCCAUACAUUUUAAAAUCUAAUAUACAAGGAUGUUAUUGCCAGUAACAUGUUUUCAACAAAUAUAUCAGACCACACAUGGGAUAAAUAUUAGUGUUAAAGGGAUAUUCCGGCGUAAAAUUAAUUUUGGGUCAAACACACCGUAACACCGCGUUAGACACCCCCUCGAGAUAUCAACUUAAGUAACGAUCGCGUGAUAGCAAUACACAGCGGUCUGAGGAGCCAUAAACAAACCUCAACCAAAACGCCACUCUAUAGGCAUAAAUAAUGCUCAGAACAGCACCUAACUUCAUCAACAGUACAUAUAGGGUCCUAGCUACAGAACUAGCCAACAAACAUCUUUUUAACUUUGCCUAAUUUCUUUCGCAAAGAGACUAAACACAACUCACCUACUCUCUUCCAGCAGCCGCUUGUUUGUGGGGGGGAGUUUCUCAGCUCAAGGAAGAACAUUUAUGAUCAUUUCUUCAUGGAAAUGCAAUCAGACCGAGACGCUAAGGCAGAAGAACUACCACAUCUGCAGUUCAAAAUGAUUAAUAUGAUGAUUAUUACUUAAAGGAAAUGAUAGAGAAAUGAUCAUAAAUGUUCCUCCUUGAGCUGCGUCACCCCGCAGCAGUUCUUAAUGGACUGGCCUGAGGUUUCGCUACAAACAAGCGGCUGCUAAAAGAGAGUAGGUGAGCUGUGUUUGGUCUCUUUGCUAAUGAAAUCAGGCAAAGUUAAAAAGAUGUUUGGUGGCUCGUUCUGUGGCUGGGACCCUAUCUGUACUGUUGAUGAAGUUAGGUGCUGUUCUGAGCAUUAUCUGUGGCUAUAGAGUGGCUUUUUGGUUGAGGUUUGUUUAUGGCUCCUCAGUCUGCUGUGUAUCGCUAUCGUGCGGUCGUUACUAAAGUUAGUAUAACUAGAGAAGCAAGCGGUCGGCAACAUUCAUCUCUCGAGGGGGUGUCUAACUUGGUGUUAUGGUGUGUUUGACCCUAAAUUAAUUUUACGCCGGAAUAUCCCUUUAAUAUCCCCAUCAUCUUUUGUUUUCUAAAUGAUAACAAAUCUUUCAAAUCAUCUAUUAACAGCAUACCAGUUCCAAAACAGUCAGGCUAGUGAAUAUAUCGUAGUGUAAUGGAAUAUUUAGCAUUGAUAGCAAUAUCGGCCAUGUUAAGCAAUCUACAGCAUAACUAAAUGUCUGUCUGUCCAUAAAAACCCAUCUAAAAUAUGUUACCGGCCAAGACAACCAAGUAUUUUUCCACCAACAUAUAACUGAUAAAAAUUUACUCCAGUUAAGUAAUGUGAUAUUGGCAUUAUAUGUCAGCCAAUUGACUGACCUGCUCUCUCAUGAUCAGGCAUCGGCCAGUAAAAAGCUAUAAUCAGUCAACUACUAAGGCAAACUUAUGCAAACAAAAGUAAACACAGGCUUCACAGAUUUUUUUUUGUUCUUUUGAUCAUUUAGGUAAACCCACAAUUUGACAGCACGCUCACAGCAGCACCCCCAGUAAGACGCGGGAGAAGAAAAUGUCAGUCUGCCACAAGCGUCCUUGACACUUCGACUCAGCUGUGGAGGAAAAGCAGCGUGUGCAAAUUUCCAACGUUGUCGUUUCAUACAAAGCCAAGUGACCAGACUCAUCAACCAAAGAGCACACGCACAAAGAGAGCUGCAGAGUCUGCUGCGGUUCCUGAUGUGCAAAAUCAACCACAAGGAUCACGCCAACUCAGAAGGACGGUUUCAAGGGUGCAGUGCCAAGACACACCAAAGAGACAAUUAACUACAACUAGAAAAAGAAUUGUGGCGAGAGCUCCUGAUGCUGCUGCGUCCUCAAACAGAUGUUCUGAUGAGCCAGAGAUUCCAUCUGUUCAAGAGACAGAGAGAUGCAUAGUACCAGCAGAUGGUGCUUCAGUACUUGCCUUAAAUGAGUUCAGCUCGACUGAGAUCGACAGCGUUGGUCUGCCUCCUGAUGUGGAUACUCCAAAAGUAAUACAAGAAGGGAUCAGUUGUCUCUCCUCUCAGUCUUUACACCUGCUACUCCCUCAGCCAUGCACACCACCAUGUCAUCAGCCACCUGACAUUUUAGUGGCUGAUACACCAGAGAGGGAUUAUGGGGUGAAGGUGACAUGGAGGAGAAGGAGGGGUCUGAUGUUGCUGUUGAAAGACAGGGGUCAUCUCUCAGAUUCAGAUGUGUUAGUUCACAGCUGA